AUGGAUGAUUAUCCCGACAGUGCUCUACACUAUGGGCACGUGGGACGAGCUGUCUAUCUCCCAGCGACGAAGGAAUGGACAUUCGCCCGCUCUUUCGCCCGCUGUACCCCCAUUUCAUAUACCGGACUGACACGGACUACAAUUUUGCCGGCGCUGAACACCGCCGACCUAAAACCGCGACCCAAAAUUUCUCGACAAGCAGACGACCAACUGAUUUCGAACGCCCACCCCGAACUUGCAGGACAAUGGCCUACUCUUCGCGACCAUGCCCUUUCCAAGAUAAUCAUGAAUGCAGCCGAUCUUUGCGACCCACAGAUCUCUUCCAUCUUUGCCUUGGGUUAUGCUCUAGACCAUGCGAGCGAUGAUUCAACGAGUAUACCGGAACCGGUGGCUGUAGCAGCCUCAGUGACUGGCAUUGGUCGCGAUAUCAUCUCGUUCCGGUUGAUGAAGGAUGACCUGGUGGAGAUCCAGAAUGAGGGGUUUCGACACGAUGCUUCUUUACUUAUACCAUCCAUUGGUGAUGUGGAGACAACUGAAUGGUCGCAGCGAAAAGCCCCGAUCCAGCAACUCCGUUUUGCACGAACCGUAGGAAAGAAGGCCACUUGGAUGGCUGCUCGAUUGAAGACGUCAGUCAUGAUCUUUCGACCCAUUCUUCAGUCUGUGCCCGUGCCCGCGCACAUCAACGCUACCGAUACGGAGGCUCUCUCUAUCUCUUUCCGAAACUCUCGACUCGACGCCAACCCCGUAGUGGAGUUGCUGCAAGACUUUACGGGAGGAUUUACCUUAGCUGAUGUGACUUUCAAUCCGUGGUACUCGAGGAUAUUCGGCGUCGUUGACAUUAUGGGCAACUGGUCCGUUUGGGAAAUCACAGGGCGGCAGAAGAAGCAUGGAUCCACCUACGCUCCUAGGAAACUCAUGAUGGCCUCAUUACCGACCUCACCUCCGAGAGAGCCCAAAUCUGUGCGUCCAAGACACGACGGCUGGGCAUCGAUCGAGUGGGUCGCUGAUUCCUCGACCGUAGUGGUUUCUGAUCGUCGUUCCACUGUGCUUUACGAGAUGACCGACGAGUUGACCAGCAAGAGUGUUCGAUCUAGCAUUGUCGAACUUGGCAUGGACAAAAAAUCCGAGUGGAUUCUGGAUUUACAACGAAGCAUACAGAAUCCGUCUCACUUCUUCAUCCUCACAAGCUCCCGACUUCUGUGGUUUGAUGUCACAAGAGCGUCGAUUUCAAAUGGCACGAGGACAUCACUAUUUCCGUCCCUAACCUGGCGUCAUUUUCGAGAUCCUGAGGAUACAACAUUACAUAUCAGCGAUCUCCUGGUUAAUGGCGAUCUGUACAUGAUUUUAUAUUCGCGACUCACCGACCUUGUCCAAGGAUUUCCAUGUCCCAUUCUCGAGGGUGGAAAGACAGAACUGGUCUCCGUGCCCGAUCCUUUUAUUCUCAAGUUUCCCAAAGAAGGGGAACUUUUUCCCGAGAACACGCCCUUGAAUUACUCGACAGUCGUGUUUCGACAAGUACACCACACUCCUGCACAUGCGACAAUGCACCACAAUCCCAACAUGACGCUAAUCAAACUCUUCUGGGCUGAUCAACACCUGUCCGUUCAUGAAACGCUGUUUAAAGGCCCAGACAAUCACCAGAGACAGGCCGGAGAGAAGGCGCUUCGCGAGUCUUUCAGUAUAUUGCAGACCAAAACGCCUUUUCCACUUGUGAAAAAGGACUAUACCGAUGAAGUUGGGUUCGAUGACGAGGAUUUCAUUGUGGAGGACUGGGAUGAAUCUGCAAUCUCACGCCUCACUCUUCGUCAAUCUGCCUCCGGCGUUUCUGCUAUGGACACUUUACACGACCGCACAGAGGAUCUCCAAUGGACCCUAGAUUGGACGUCUGUUUACGCCCGGGCAGUGGAUAACGUGACCGUCCUGACAGACACUUUUGACUCAAGAGGGACUCAAUUGACCUUGAACGGCAUGAUUGAAAAUUUCAUAUUGGACCCGAGUAGAAAAUUCGAUCAUUUGAGUGCUAGCAAAACUGUGCUGGAGAUAAGCGUUGAUCGCCCAAUGCUGAACGACAUAGACGAUGGAGCGGACGAUUUCGCUCAUCUAGUUACGACUCUUAUGUCCAAGAGCUCGGAUACACACGUUCCAUGGCGCUAUAUGGUUUUGCCUUUACAGUUCGCAAACACAUUCCUGGGUCUGAAGGGCAUUUCGCCGGAUCCAGGGUUGGAUUUCCUGGAGACAUACAACCACCUGGUCGACGAAUGGGUUGCGCUUCUGCCCCAUGGCGAAGAAGGUAUACCCGAUUUUACACGGGUUUUGAAAGAACGAUCUGUUCGGGGCAUUGCCCUGGACCUUCUUCUAGCUCGUCUCAUUCGUACAUCAAUACCCAAUGCAGAUAACAUGACCAGCGAGGUCGAAUCGACUGAUACGCAUCGGACUCGGCAGGAGCUCACGCCAUCAUCACAGGCCCAUCGUUUAAAAUUGUCAUCCUCCCAAAUGACAUCUACUCAGACGUCGAAUGGAAAAGAAAAGACCAAGAAAGUCCCGGCUACAAACUACACAGCUCUCUCUGCAUAUGCAGUGUUCAAACAGCCCCGUCCAAUGCCUCCAAAUGUGGCCAACUUGUUAUCCCAUUGGCAAAUGGGCGUCGACCCGGCCACAUAUGAAUGGCAGAAGAGCUCACGACUGCUUGAUGCAGAUGGGAACCAGACGACGACAAAGAAACCCCGGCAACGGCAUCGUAGGAGGAGAUCGCAGGCUUUGUCUGCUACUUCUACUGCUACUGCUACCACGAACGCACUUGCACCUGAACCUGAACCUACUUCAUCCCUGCCGCCGACUCCGGUCGCACCCAUGAUCCGUACUUGGGGCAGUCAGCCCGACCACCCACCGAUGCCUAUUCAAAGCAGCCAGCCCACGGUGGACGAUGUGCCCAUGACCCAGAUGGAACGAGGUCAAUUUGGAGCCCGUGAAGUCAAGAAGAGCAGCAAACCCAGGAAAAAGAAGCGAGCUGCUGGUUUCUAG